ACGCCUGAGGCUUCAGCUCCACAGCGGGGAGUUUAGACAGCUGCUGGAGGAUGAGAUUAAGACAUACAGCAGCAGAAUAAAACAGAAAAACCUGCAUUUCUCUCUUAUUAACUGAGGAAAUUCAAACUUUAGAGGAUGAGAUGACGCCGUGGCAGGUUCUCCGUGCAGGCAGAGCGUCGCAGGCAGCUCUGGGUUACCGUGUUCAUCAUGGACCCAGAGUCUCGGUGCAUUACAGCACGGCUGCUGCAGCUCCGGACAGCAGCAGGAGCUUCUGUUUGUCCAGAGAGAAACAGACUCUGCAGGAGCUGAACAGGAGGCUGGCGUCGUACCUGCAGCAGGUACAGUGUCUUGAGGCAGCCAAUCAGAGGCUGGAGCGUCAAAUCCAGGAGGAGCUGGACAGGAAGUGUCCCAGAGAGCUAAGAGAGCUGGAUGGAUACCUGAGGAUGACGUCACUACUGCAGGACCAGAUCAGUGAAUGUCUCUCGGCCCAGGCUCAGGUGAGGCUGCAGCUGCUCAGUGCAGAGCUCACCGCCCUCGACUUCAAAGCCAGGUGUGAGAAGGAGCGUGAGCAUCGUGGUCAUGUGGAGGCAGAGCUUAACGACCUGAGACUGCUGGAGGAAGAGUUAAAGGUCCAGAAAGUGCCGGAGCUGCAGAGCCUGCUGAACGAUCAAACACAACAUCUGAAGGAGCUGCAGAUGCAACAUCAACAGGAUAUGCAGGGUUUCCUGGUCCAGGUGUCAGGGGGAGUCACUGUAGAGAUGCACAGACCUGAGUUGUCAGACCUGAUCCAGCAGCUGGACCACCUGAGACAGACAAGUGUGAUGCUGCUGGAGAAGAACCAGAGUGAGACCUGGCUUGACAACCAGGUGUCCAUGUUGAGUUCUCCAGAGAUGACCUUUGACCCUUCAGAGAUCGUCCAGACCGAGGUGGUGGAGCUGAGGAGAACAGCAGCCAGUCUGGACGAAGAGCUGAAGCGACUGCAGGCCCUGAACAUCCUUUUGGAGAACUCUGGUCAGGAGCAGACUGAGUCCUUUGUCCUGCAGCUCGAGGUCCUGCAGCAGAAAGCAGAUGGUCUGUGCACAGAUCUGGACUCAGUGCUGCAGGCUGCAGCUCAGCAAGCUGAAGACCAUCAGGCCCUGCUGGACACCAAGAACAAGCUGGAGACUGAGAUACAAGAGUACAGGAGGCUGCUGAACGGGCUGAGUCGAGAGGGAGUUUCAAGUCUUCACUUUAAGUCCAAGCCAACCAUCACGUCUUUCCAUGCUUCAACCAGUCCUGCUGCCUCCAGAAAAUUUGCAUCAGACAGAGUAGUCAGUGUUCAGGGAGGAAAUCUUCGGAAGAUGGACGUUCAGACCGUCUCUAGAGGCAACAUCUGCACUGUCAGACAAACAUCUGUGGUUUCCCCAUUUUCAGAAACAGUGACCACCAACCAGUCAAUCAGGGUCUACAGUAAGCACCCAAAGAACUCACCAGUGAUAUCGAUUAACACAAAUCUGACUGACUUGUUGCACAACUGCAAAAACUUGAGAACAGUAGCUAUUCCCGAAAAGACUGGGAGGGAAUCCAGUCAUGUGGAUCAGAUUAGUCAGAGUUUGGACAAAGGGUGUGUUGUCAAGGCCUUGAAAACUGAGAUAAAUUCUGCAACAACAUGCAUCACCAUGUUGGUUCCUGACAUACAAUCUGGUGUUCAGACUACACCAGACACCUGUACCGCCAAACAAACUACCGAACAAGCUAGUCCGCAGGUUGAUGAAACAGAAACACACAUUCAAACAGAGAUAACCACAACCAUUCCUGGUGCAGAAAUAGAAAUUAAGCGAGGACCACAUUUUGUAACACAGACAACCACGUCUGAUUUCAGCAAACAAACUGCUGCAGAGACAGAAACUAAUAUUUCAGCUCAAAUGGAUCACACUGAGGACUACACGCAAGCUAAGGAACCAGAGCCUGCACAGGUCAUGUCUUUUGAGGAGGCUCCCAGUGAGGUCUCAGAGGAGAAGGCCCUGAUGGAUGAAAAGGACAUAGAGAAGCAAGAAAAGAAGGAAGACAAAGAAAGACUAGGAGUAGGAGACGCUUUGUUUGUUCCAAGAUCCGAUCAAAAUUCAGCACUGUCCAAUAUGUCCAACACCAAACAAAACAAAGUCAAGGAGGAUGCAAAUACAGGGUUCACCAUUACAACUUCUUCAUCCAGUAGCCUGGUCAGCAACAAAAACCUUGAGAGUACAGAGAUUUUGAAGACAACAGAAAUAGAAAUUAAUAAGGAAAAGACUUUUACUUCCAAACAAACUACUGAAGAAGCUAGUCCACAAGCUAAUAAAAUAGAGACACACAUUCAAACAGAGAUCACCAAAACCAUUCCUAAUGUAGAGACAGAAAUAGAGCAAGGAUCACAGACAGUCAUGUCUGAUCACAGCAAACAAACUGCUGCAGAAUUAAAGAAAGAGACAGAAACUAAUAUUCUAACUCAAAUGAAUCACAUUGACAACUACACCCAAGAUAAGGAACCAGAACCUGCACAGGUUAUGUCUUCAAAGUUCAAGACUCAAUCAGAAACUGACAGAGAUACAGAUUAUGUUGUCCUCACACCAUUCGAGGUGUCUGGAUCCCAGUGUUGUGAGUCAACAAAACAAAACAAAGUUGAGGAGGAUGCAGAUACAGCAGAUACAGGAUUCACUAUCAUAACUUCUUCAUCCAGUGGCUCAGACAGCAACAACAACUUUGAGAGCAAAACUACAAGAACAGAUAUUCUGAAGACAAUAGAAUUAGAAAUGAACAAGGAAGAGAUAGUCAACGGUUUCCAUGAUACCAGUGAGGUAAAGGUGGCCCCUCCUGAGUCAGUUACUCUAGCAGGUCAAGAAGAUUUGUUGAGUGUCACAGAGCCAAAACAGUCUGCGAGUCUAACAGAUUCUGGUGUGGCUUUGAGUUCAUCUGACCCUGACGAGCUUUUAAGUCCAAGGAUAACGGAUGUAUUCCUGAGCCCAACAAAAACAUUUGCACGCUUGAGUCCAGAAAUAUGCCUAAGUCCAGUCGAGACAGAAGUGUUAUUGAGCAUGGCAGAUCAGAUAUUUUGCCCAGUUGAUCUAGAAGACCGCAUCAAAAGUCCCAAUUUAGUUCUGAGUCCAAAUGACCCAGAAAUGUAUCUCAGCCCAGACGACACAGAAACGUGUUUGAGUCCAGUUGAGAUUAAGGGGUGUCUAAGUCCAAAUGGUGAAGAAGAAGACGAGGAAGUGUGCCUGAAUCUAACUGAGGCAAAUGCACAUGUAAGACCAGUUGAAAAAUACAUUCUCUCAACAAAGGAGGAAAGCCAGUCCUUAUCAUUUUGUGAAGAACAAUCUUUGCCAGAAAAGGGCAUAAAUAGAAGAGUCACCAUUUCAGUGAAAGAUGGGGAGAGUUUGUGUUUUGGAUCAUUUGAAGGUGACGAGGGUAGUAGGGGUACUCUCACUGGUACAACCAUCACGUCUAGACCAACCAGUCAAGGAAGUGAGAAGCUUGGACGUCCAGGUGGUCGUAGCAUCAUAGCAGACAAAGAAGAACAGCUUGGUUUUGGAGGCCUGUAUCGGAAAAGUGUAAAAGAUGCAAGCGGUGUGGCUAGCAAUUCAGAAGGUAUACCUGCUAGCAACAGUGGUGUGGUUAGUGAUCUUGCAGCUACUUUUAGUGGCACAGCUGCUAAUUCUUCAGGUACAGUCAGUAGUAAUGCAGAAUCUGCUGCUACAGCAGGCGAACAGGGAAGAUUUAGGGGUGGCAGUAGAGACUGGAUGGUUUAUGGUGGGAGUCUGGGACAUACAAGAACGAGCAUACCCAGCACAGGGAGUAAGGAAAGCCCAUCAGUAGCCACCGACUCAAAAAGCCAACCAGAAACAGGAAGGUUUGGUAGUAGAGGAAGUGGGGAGUGGCUGGUUUACGGAGGCAGUCUCAGACGUAAAAGCAGCCUGGAUGGUAGCAUUACCUUACCCAGCGAAGGUAACAAAGAGAGCCCAACAGUGACCACGGAAUCAGCUACAAACCCACCAGAAACAGGGCGGUUUGGCAGUAGAGGGAACGGAGAGUGGAUGGUUUACAGCGGCAGUCUUAAACAUACGUGCAGUGUAGCUAGCAAUGACAGCUUAGCCAGGACAGGGACUGAAGAAUGUCUGCCAACUGCCAUGAUCCUGGCAACAAACCCACCAGAAAGAGGGAGAUUUGGCAGCAGAGGGAGUGGAGAAUGGAGAGUUUAUGGUGGGAGUACUGGACGUGUGAGCAGCCUGGCUGGCAGCGAUAGCAUGGUCAAAUCAGAGAGCAAAGAGAGUGUGUCAGUGGCUACACAACUAGCAACAAGCCCGCCAGUUGCACAAGGAGGAGGGAGGUUUGCCAGUGGAGGGAGUGGGGAAUGGAGAGUUUAUGGCGGGAGUAUUGGACGUCUGAGUAGUGCUGGUAGCAGUGAAAGGAUCAGCGCUACUGACAGCCGAGUGAUCAGUCCACCAAGUAGCUACACAGGUAGUGGACCAAGAUUUAGUAGUGCUGGGAGCAGUGGCAGGAUCAUCAGUAAUGAUGGUCGAGUAAUCAGCCCACCAAGUAGUUACACAAGUAGUGGACCAAGACGUAGUAGUGCUGGAAGUGGUGGUAGACUCAGCUUAAGUAGUGUUGUUAGGCGCAGCAACAGUGUAGGAAGUGGUGGCAAGUUAAGUAGCUCAGGUAGCGGUGGCAGACUCAGCAGCUCACCUAGCACCCACAGGAUUAGCAGCUCUGGGAGAAUGGGUAGCACUGGCAGUGGUGAAUGGAAACCUGUUUACAGCUCAGCUAGUGGACGCAGGAGCAGUGCAGGGAGUGCAGGGCAAUCAGGUGGAGGUAGGAAAUCCAGCAGCCAAAGAGCCCCAAGCCCCGGAGGGAGGAUGACUGUCAGCGGGGGUAGUGGUGGGUGGCUGAACAGUUCAGGGGCAGGUGGGAAUCGCAUCAGCAGCGCCGGGAGUGGGUCUAAACUCAGCGGCCCAGGUAGCAACGACAAAAUCAGUAGCCAAACUGGAGGAAGGAUCAGCAGCUCCUCCAGGUCAGGGAGGACCAAUAGCACAGGGGGAAGGGUCAUCAGCAGCAGUGACCGGCCAAUCAGGAGCACUGGCAGCGGAGCCGGAGGCACCAAGGAGAGAAUCAGUGUUUGUAAGAUGGCAGCACUGACGAUCUCAGCAGCGGGAAGGGAGAGAAGUCAGGAGAAACGAAAACAAACUCAGAGGUCUCAACAACAGCAACAGGCUGCAGCUACCUCUCCUCUCGUCCAGCGUUGGUUGACCACAGGCGUUGGGGUGACAAGCGCCGAUCCUGAUGGCCUUGAUGACAUCAUGCGUCUCUGAUUGGUUAUCUGUGGUGGAAUUUAGUGACAUCACACCUGCACACAAACAAAAGUAACAACAAGAAGAUUCCAAAUAUCUUCUUUUGAAUAAACAGCCAACAAAUACAUUUGUUAUAUUCAGUUUUUAUUUUUUAAAAAUAGGAAUAAAUUGUGUUUGUUUCAAAUUUAGAGAACUGUUUGACACUCUGAACGUCAGAUACCGUUACAAUAACAUCUGCAUCAAAACUAUCUGGUUUAAUUAAUUUUUUGUCUUUGAGAGACUGGUGUGUAAAAUCAGCAGUUUAGUUUAUUUUUCUUCACAUUUUUCUCUUCAUUCUUUCAUUCAAAGUAUUUCCUGAUCUGUUGUUGGAAAAUCUGACUACAUAUAUCAAGAACUUUUUUAAUUGUGUUUAACUUUAAAACAUCCUGGUUUUAUAUCUGGUUUACAGCCGUUGUUUUGGUGUAUCGGCAUCAGUGGGUCCUGUUCACAUUAUGAAUCACCUCCUUCAAUAAUCAUCACUUUGUUUGAUUGGUAUUUACCUUUAUAAUUUACAUGUCAGUUCAUAAAAACUUUAAAAACCAGAAGCUAGGUUUAUUGGAAAUGUUCACAUUUUAUAUCUCUGGUCAUCUAACUCUGUGGUGUUUGAUUUUUCUGUUUGCAUCUGUUGGUUUCUAUUAAAUUUCAUAUCUGAUUUGUAAAUUUUAAUCCUGGAAAUAAAAAUGAUAAAUCACCUGA